AUGUAUAAAAGAAAGAAGAGAUCUACUCCCAGAGGUGGUAACAAAGUCCCACAGAAAAAAGUAAAACUUGAUGAAGAUGAUGAUGAGGAUGAUGAAGAUGAUGAGGAUGAUAAAGAUGAUGAUGAUGAUUUUGAUGAAGAGGAAACUGAAGAAAAGGUUCCAGUGAAGAAAUCUGUACGAGAUACCCCAGCCAAAAAUGCACAAAAAUCAAACCAAAAUGGGAAAGAUUUAAAACCAUCAACACCAAGGUCAAAGGGUCAAGAGUCCUUCAAAAAACAGGAAAAAACUCCCAAAACACCCAAAGGACCUAGUUCUGUAGAAGACAUUAAGGCAAAAAUGCAAGCAAGUAUAGAAAAAGGUGGUUCUCUUCCCAAAGUGGAAGCCAAGUUCAUUAAUUAUGUGAGGAAUUGUUUCCGGAUGACUGACCAGGAGGCUAUUCAAGAUCUCUGGCAGUGGAGGAAGUCUCUUUAAGAAAAUGGUUUAAACAGUUUGAAAUAAUUCUGUCUUACUUCAUUUCUGUAAUAAUUGCUAUCUGGCUGUCCUUUUUAUAAUGCAAAGUGAGAACUUUCCCUACUGUGUUUGAUAAAUGUUGUCCAGGUUCAAUUGCCAAGAAUGUGUUGUCUAAAAUGCCCGUUUAGUUUUCAAGGCUGGAACUCCACCCUUUACUUGGUUUUAAGUAUGUAUGGAAUGUUAUGAUAGGACAUAGUAGUAGUGGUGGUCAGAUGUGGAAAUGGUAGGGAGACAAAUAUACAUGUGAAAUAAACUCAGUAUUUUAAUAAAGUAAAAAAA